AUGUACACUCCGAGUGCUUCUCUCAAACAAGGCCUACGAGUCGUUGCGGAUCGCGUCGUGUCUGCCAAAGGGUUGGAGCAUCCGAUCUUUGGCCCAUUCCACCCAGCAGAGAAAGUGUCGCCCCCUGUCCCCGAGUGGUUGGUUCGGAAGUACGAGGCCGGCACCGAGGAGUUGGAAACAGCUGUUAAGGUUGACUCCCGAGAAGUUGCGCAACCUGUGCACUCUGAGGCGGACAGUCUGCGCGAUACGCCACCUCGGCCUCUGUCGCAGAGUGACGGCAAGCCUAUCCACACUGUGUCGACACUGCUCGAGGCGGACACUCUGCGCGAUACGCCACCCCGGCCUCUGUCGCAGAGUGACGGCAAGCCUCUCCACACUGUGUCGACACUGCUCCCACUCGUUCACCGCAGCACUUCCGAUCCCGAGCCCAUCUUGCUCUCCCAAAGUGACGGAGAGGCGCAGCUGGCCGUCCAACUUCCUCUGAGUGCUGGUCAACCACUAGGGACACCAUGUCGCCUCCUCUCCGAGUUAGAUGGGAACCAGGACGCAGUGGGUUUCCAACCUCACUCUCAAAGCGAUGGGAAGCUGCAGCUGCCGCUCUCACAAGGCGAUGGGAAGCCGCUAUCUUCUUCUAACACUGCUGGUGCAGCAUUAAACGCACUGUUGAAGCCAAAUAUAGCGGUUUCGUCCCCUCCCUCCCAAGACGAUAAAAUGCCUGUCGCUUCUCCUCACAUGACCGCAACUGAGCUUCCCAACAACGGGGUCAAGUUCGAACGAGAAUCCUCACCGCUGUGGGAGUAUCCUGGCAGGCCGCUUGACUCGGAGCCCAACGAGCGCCUCAUCACGAUUAUUUCGAAGCCUUUCGGUAAGAUGAAGCUUUUGCCCGACAGGUAUUGGCGCAUCACGCACAAGGGCCCAAUGCGGGAGGAUGAUGACUACGACUCGGACGAACUGCUCGAGCCGGAGACCGGGAACGUUAGGGAUGUCACGGCCAUGCGCCCAGACCCCUUUGGUCUGAUGCCGAAGCAUGUGGUCGACACCAUGGAAUCGGGAGGCGAGGAGGCGCUGAGGGGCAUCUUACACAUGUCACUGUUCGCUAGGCCGCCUUUGACGAAGAUCGCCCGCAAGCAGAUGGCGGCUCUCAACUUCGAAUCGACUGUUCGGAUGUCUGCGGCCUUGCUUCCUCCUUCUGUGGUCAUGAUGGCGGAAAGACGCGUACGGAGGAUCAUUGAUUUCGUCAAAGGUUCUUGGUGUGAGCCUAGCGAGGCGGUCACGGUCGCGUCGGGGCUGUGGGGACGGCCUCGCCACGACUUUGAACAGGUCUCCUUCUAUGUGAGGGGCGAACCACUUGUGGACCACGACCUCACAUGCGCGCGGAACUCAAACGCUCGUCCGUCACGCUACGGGUCGCCUUGGACGACAGACGGCGAGUUGGAAGAGCAAAGCAAUGUGACCAAAUUCUUCGUGACCGGACUUCGACACAUGGCGAGGAGCCGGAAGCGCAUGUACUCGGCCCAUUCGCAGAUGCUGCGCAGGAAAGCGAAACACGGCCACCUGUUCAAAGACCAACUGGACGCGGCAGCUGCGGACAGUGUCCGGCGGAAGGGCCGGGCGACGCGCGAUGGCAAUACCAUCAUCCCCAACGCUGUCCAUCCCUCCCUGGAAGAGCGAUUGUUUGGGGAAGACCUGCAACAGAGACGGCUGCGAAGGUCUCUGCGAGAAAUGAACGAGAUCAUCUCGAUUCCCGGCGUCCAUCGGCGCCGCACAGUCAAGAGAGGAAGACCGCCGUCGAGAUCCCGGAAACGGCACCAGUGGGAUGGCCGGAGUCGUUAUCCGUCAUUCGACGCCGAUGGUAACCCUUAUCUUCCCGACAUCGACAUGCAUUCGGCCCCCGACGUCGAUGACUCAGAGGAUGAGAUAUCUUCCUAUGAGGGCGAAGACGAGGAGAGUGACGAAAGUGAUGACGUUAUUGACUGGGAUACGGAGGUCGACAUCAAUGGCGCUGCGGAUAGCGCUGACGACGACAGCGACGGCGAUGAAAGCGCCGACGACGGCAUCGGCAGUGACGAUUCCGCCGAGGGCAGUGACGAUACCGGCGAGGAUACCGACGAGGACGGCACCGACGACGAGGAUACCGACCAGACAGAUGAGGAGACCGGGGAGCAGUCAGAGGCCGAUGCCGAUGAUGUGGACGCAGCUGUCUCUUAUGCCUGGCCGAUGAACUUCCGGUCGUUCGACGACCUCCUGAUGUACGAGCGCGCGAUUCAUGUUCACCAAAAUUGGCCCAAAGAGGAUCCCGAUGCGUACGACUCGGAAGUUGAGUCGGACGGACUGUCGGACAGACUGACAUCCUCGUCUUCUUCGCAACAAACUCCGGCCGCCAGCGCUUCAACGCGGCCUUCUGCUUCCGAACCUGCGAACGCCGUCGCCGGGCCCUCGACAGCGGGGCGCCAACGAGGCAGUCUCCUAAUCAACAACGAUAAUGGCGUUGCUGCAGUUGCUUCUGCCCAGGAAGGGACGCGCGCUGGUGACAGCGACGAGCCUCCCAAGAAGCGCGGCCCAGGGCGUCCGCGCAAGCAAAUGGAGGCCGAUCCCUCCCCUGCCAUUUCCAAGAAGCGCGGGCGUCCGCCCAAGGACAGGGCCGUCGGUCCUGUUCCCCCCACAUCUGAUGAGCCGCCAAAGAAGCGCAAGCCUGGACGUCCUCCCAAGAACAAGGAGGCGGAUACGGCACCCAUCACAGCCAACGCAGACCCGCCACCCGCCACUUCGACCGAGACUGCCGACGAGCCCCCCAAGACAAGAGGUCCUGGUCGCCCCCGAAAGAGCGAGAAGACGGAUCCCGCCCCCACUACUCCCAAGAAGCGUGGCCGUCCGCCUAAGGACAAGGGCAAGGGCAAGCAGCGAGCGGACGGUGAGGAUGAAGAGGAGGAGGUGGACGAGCUGGCAACCCCCAAGCAAACGCGAUACGAGCCAGGUGCAAGGUUAGGCGCGAUCGAGAACAACGACAACCCGACCGUCCCUGUCGGCCCAAGAGCCGGACAGAUAAUCGACUGCAUUCUGGUCCCUUCCCGACCCCACAGAGGGCAGCCAUCACCAGAAGUGGUACAUUACGACCAAGCGAAGGCUGGCCAGUCGUGGGAGAACCCUCUGACGCUGUCCGACGAGGACAUUGAGGUCACAGAGCCGUCCCCGAAGCGACCACGCGGGCGUCCUUCCAAGAACCCGGUCCCAGAGAAGCAGGCUGGGACAUCCACUGCUUCUGCGGAUCAGUUGGUUCCAGCUGCCUCUGCUGCCCCCGCUCAUGCCGAGCCGUCAACCGCUUCGACCUCCUUACCUGUGACGAGGCAGGGGCCGACGUGGGCGACUCACAAUGGAAACACGAGGGACACCGUCUCCACGACCAUUGCAGGUGAGGAGAGUAUGGACGAGCUGCAAGACAGCCAAGAAGUCCCAGUGAGGCGCGGCCCGGGUCGGCCCAAGGGUAGCAAGAACCGCCCGAAGCCGACGGCGGUUGUUGACGAAGCGGCGGUUGUCGGCGAAGAGCUGGUGAAGCGCAAACGUGGUCGUCCUCGUAAGACGGAUCCUGGGCCGGUGAGCGACGAGCCACCUGUGAAGCGCAAGCGUGGGCGCCCUCGAAAGACGGGACCAACAGUCCCGCCGCCUGCCCCCGCCGUUGAGGACACUGAGACCCCAGCCAGACGUGGCCCGGGUCGCCCUAGAGGCAGCACCAACUACGCAUCUGCUCUCGCGCAGACCUCCACUGCCCGGGUCACAAGGUCGACUCCCCACGCAUCUUCCGGAGCUGUGGGCCAAGCCCCAGGACCGCCGCUUUCGAGACCAAGCACGAGGUCGAGUCGAGCCAACAAAGCCGAGUUGGCGGCGCUGUACCCGGCAUACUACGAUGCGGAGACCAAGGAGGACGAGUUCAACGACCAGGAGGAACAGCGCGAUGACCGCAAUAACAAGGACGGCGAUGAGUCGUCGUACCGGCCUGAUGACGAUAACGACGAUGACCUUUACAUGUAA